UUAACCUGUUUAUCUCUUAACAGUUGCAAUUUCCAGUUCCCCUUAAAAAAAUGUCAAGGCCAUUUGGAAUAUCUCUGACUCACAACUUAAUCUGUAUCCUCUUCAAGUGCCUCCUCUCUUCAUUAGCUCCUUUAACAUGCCAGAAGCUGAGAGAAUGAAAAGCUAACAGAAGAUUGGAUUGCACAACUAAGACUCUGCAUUUUAUAAAGAUGACCUUCUCAACGCUAUCCUCUGCAUGUUUACUCAGAGAUUGUCAAAUCCACGACUGCUCAGUAUGUUAUUAGGAUACAGUCCAGUGACGCAAGCCCUGUUAGGAACCUUCUUGACAUGGGGACUGACAGCUGCUGGUGCAGCCCUUGUGUUUAUCUUUUCCAGUGGGCAGAGAAGGAUCCUGGAUGGGAGCCUGGGCUUUGCUGCAGGGGUCAUGUUGGCAGCUUCUUACUGGUCUCUUCUUGCACCUGCCAUUGAGCUAGCUGAGGACUCUGGGAAGUUCGGGGUGUUUGCAUUCUUACCUGUAGCUGUUGGUUUCACCUUGGGAGCAGCAUUUGUAUACUUUGCUGACCUCCUUCUCCCUUGGCUGGGUAUCAGUGAACCUCCGUAUACAGCCUUGGCUUUGAGCUGUGAUUCAAGAGUGGCAAAGGAGAAAUACGAAGACCAACCCCUGCAUCAUCAGCAAUAUGAAAAUGAGCUGUCCAUCCGGAUAGGUAGAACAGCACUGCAUUCAGGAAUACAGGAACAGUUCAAAGUAGUGUUUGAAAUUAUGAGUAGAGAAGUUGCACUGAACAUGGGUUUAGAUGAAUUUGACCAGAAAGGUUUAGAUUCAUAA